AUGGAAAGGGACCCUAAAAGUUGGUGCAGGGCAUUCUUUGAAGUGGACAGGGCUUGUGAUGCUUAUGAGAAUGGCAUAUCAGAAAGUUUCAACUCUGUUAUUGAUCUUGCUAGGAAAAGGCCACUCAUCACCAUGUUGGAAGAGAUAAGGAUUUAUGCAAUGGAGAGGAUGUAUAAAAUGUUGCAAGAGGGAAAAAGUUGGGGGAAUUUAAAAAUAUGUCCAUCUAUAAGGUUGAAGAUAUCAAAGCUAAAGAAACAGCAAAGGUAUGAUAUAACUUCUAUUUUAUAAAUAUUAUAUGUCUCAUCUAUAAGAUUAAUAGAACUUCUUAUUUUUUGGGCAGAUUUUGGGGUGUUAUACCAUCUGGGAUACAACAAUAUGAAGUUAGGAUUGGAAAUGAUGGAUAUGCUGUGGACCUUAACAACAACACAUGUGGAUGUAGAUCUUGGCAAGUAUCAGGUAUCCCAUGUGUGCAUGCAGUGGCAGCCAUUUCAUACCUCAACAGGAAUGCAGAGGAUUAUGUUGCACCAUGGUUCCAUACAGCCAUGUUCUUGACUUGUUACAACCAUACCAUUAACCCACUUAAUGGUAGUUCCAUGUGGCCUGAAGCUCCCUACAUGAAGCCAUUGCCUCCUCAAAAAAGAAGGUUACCAGGAAGGCCAACCCUUAAAAGGAAAAAAGAUCAAUCUGAGAUGGAAAGCAAGGGGAAAACAAGGCAUACUAUCUCAAAAGCAGGUUCAGUUAAUAGAUGCACUAUUUGUAGAGAAAGGGGCCACAAUAGAUCAACAUGUCCUACUAGACCAGCAGAUGUAGCAUCCACUUCAAGGCCAAAAAACAAGAAACCUAAAAAAUGUAAAAAAGAGAAAGGUAUGCUAUUAAAACAAUAUAAUUUAAAUGGAACAUCCAACUCAUUAGCUACAUAUUUGUAUAGCAGGUAAAGUGGAACCAGUUCAAGUGGAUCCAGUUCAAGCAGAUCUAGUGGAUCCAGUUCAAGUACCAGCUCCACAGGUUGAUCCAGUUCAAGCAGAUCCAGUGGAUCCAGUUGAUGUACCAGCUCCACAUGUUGAACCAGUUCAAGUAGAUGAUCCACAUCCAGAUGUUGAUGUCCCUGCUCAACCAGUUGCAACUAGGCAGAGGAUACGAAAAUACUCAGAAAGAAUUACCAAGAUAGGGUUGAGGAGGAAGGUUUUGAAGAAAGAAGGAAGCACUGGACACAACCCAAUGGUGUUGGAAUGA